CGGACAAUGGACGUUCUCUGACAUCAUCACACACACCUGUCCUCCAGCUGGGCCCAGCCGUGGCUCCAGAACCCUGCCGCCGUGCUGCACCUGUCUGCCGUUGCCAUGGAGACGGUGUUAGACUUGCUGAAGGGCGGACCCCAUUGGACUCCUCUGCGUCCUCUGCGUCCCCUGCGGGACUGGACAGCGCCGCCCAGUUUGGACAGCGACCACAGCUACAUAAGAAGACCGACCAGCAGCUCUCCAGGUUUUCUUCAGGUUCAUCACAAGCUGCGGUCCAAUGACAGUACCUGGAGUCUGUGGUUGCCAAGGGAACGAGUCUUGCCACUAAAUUUAUGUUCAGCCAAUGGGAUGAGUGCUGCCCUGCCUGGUAACCAAUCAGCUGUGCUCUCAGAGUUUCACAGCACAAAUGUGAAGCUCAGUAAACGAGUGUCGCAGAUCAGAAUACGGCGUGCGUCGCCGCGGGAGACGCCUCUAACGCCAAUGGGACUGCCCAAAGCGAAACGUUUGAAGAAGAAGGAGUUCAGCCUGGAGGAGAUCUACACCAACAAGAACUACGAGGCCCCGCCCAACAUCAGGAGCCUGGAAACCAUAUUUGAGGAGCCUCGGGAGAAGGAUGGAUCGCUGAUCCUGAUUGGCCAGCAGAAGCGUCGCCGACUCCUCCUCUUCCCUGACUUCACUCAGCCGAGGAAGAGGAAGAAGCCCCAAGGUCCACCAUGAACCCAACACCUCUGGUCCUUCACCAGCAUCAGCUGCUGAUCUGUUUCCUGUUUCCUCCAGGGAUGGGUUCCUGCUUCUUUGGUGCCCAGAAAACGAGCCGCAGUGCGGCGACACGUCCACGGCAGCGGGCUGGACGACGGCAGCGACCUGGACGUGAUGCUGGUGGAGCGCCUGAGCGAGCUCGAUGACUUCCUGACUCAGCAGGGCCUGGACGUGUGACAUCAUUUCCUGACAGCUGACUAAAUGGACACACCAAUGGAGACGUGUGUGCAGAGCCUGAGCCUUGGAUCCGGCAACACAAACUCCGGGAAGCUCCGCCCCCUACAGAUACACCUGUGGACAAAAACCUCAUCCAGCUGCCGGUCUCUGCAGUGCCCUGGAGUACUCUGUAGUACUCUGUGGUACUCUGUAGUACUCUGUGGUACUCUGUAGUACUCUGUGGUACUCUGUAGUACUCUGUGGUACUCUGUAGUGUGGUACCCUUUAGUACUCUGUGGUACUCUGUGGUACCCUGUAGUACUCUGUGGUACUCUGUAGUGUGGUACCCUUUAGUACUCUGUAGUACUCUGUAGUACCCUGUAGUACUGUGGUACCCUGUAGUACUAUGUGGUACCCUGUAGUACUCUGUAGUACCCUGUAGUACUCUGUGGUACCCUGUAGUACUCUGUAGUACCCUGUAGUACUCUGUAGUACCCUGUAGUACUCUGUGGUACCCUGUAGUACUCUGUAGUACCCUGUAGUACUCUGUAGUACCCUGUAGUACUCUGUGGUACCCUGUAGUACUCUGUGGUACCCUGUAGUACUCGAUGUGGUACCCUGUAGUACUCUGUGGUACCCUGUAGUACUCUGUGGUACCCUGUAGUACUCUGUGGUACCCUGUAGUACUCGAUGUGGUACCCUGUAGUACUCUGUGGUACCCUGUAGUACUCUGUGGUACCCUGUAGUACUCUGUGGUACCCUGUAGUACUCUGUGGUACCCUGUAGUACUCUGUGGUACCCUGUAGUACUCUGUGGUACCCUGUAGUACUCUGGAGUGUUGUGAACUGUGAUGCUUAUUUCUGAUGAAAACUGUAUUUUUGGACAAUAAAGUAAUUUCUUCUCUGAAA